GCCUCGUUCACUCGGAGGAUGCUUUUGUCUGACGUGCUGUUUAAUGAAUCGGCUAGCUACACAAACGUUUUAGCCGCAGCGGCCGCAGCAGUCCGAGGUGCUGGCUUUUCGGGGAUGGACUGAUGCAGAUGGGUGUUGCCUUUGCUCUCGAGCGGCUACUCCAGCGGUUAUAGUCAACCUGCACGUCGGCUGACUGUUUUACGGUAGUCUAAUGCUACCGGUUGUAGUCUGAGGUCUAGAAAACUGCGUCGGGUUCGUUCAGCCAUUGAGUUCGCUGAAUGUGCCUGUGGAAGGAGUUGCUGUGCUGAACGCACUGAGGCUUAAAGGAAAGACGGGUGAGAAAAAAAAUCCAAACAGAACUCCACUCACUACUCACAGGUUUGCCAGCGCCGAAGUGAAGCCAGCAGCCAUGGCAAAGGAAGGCGCAGAGAAAACGGAGGAGACGGAACACAUGAUAGAAAAAGAUGCGGGCAAGGAGCCGGAGACAGUCCUGAGCAGCGGGAAUGCCAAGGAGAUGCGAGCUGUAGUGCUGUCGGGCUUCGGAGGGCUCAACAAGCUCAGGGUGACCAAGAAAGCGAUGCCCGAACCUCAGGAAGGGGAGGUUAAAGUCCGCGUCAAAGCCUGUGGCUUGAAUUUUUUAGAUUUAAUGGUUCGACAAGGAAACAUUGAUAACCCACCAAAGACACCUCUUGUCCCUGGAUUUGAAUGCUCUGGCAUUGUGGAAGCACUGGGUGAAAACACAAAAGAAUUUGAGAUUGGAGACCGAGUUAUGGCGUUUGUGAACUAUGGUGCUUGGGCUGAGGUUGUGUGCACUCCUGCAGAAUUUGUAUACAAAAUUCCUGAUGAUAUGACUUUCACAGAAGCUGCUGCUUUCUCUAUGAACUUUGUAGCUGCCUAUAUGAUGCUGUUUGAAGUUGCCAACCUGCGAGAAGGGAUGUCUGUAUUGGUCCACUCUGCUGGAGGAGGAGUGGGCCAGGCUGUUGCACAACUGUGUUCAACAAUUCCUAAUGUCACUGUUUUUGGAACAGCCUCAUCCUUCAAGCAUGAAGCCAUCAAAGACUCUGUUACUCAUCUGUUUGACAGGAGUGUGGAUUAUGUUCAGGAAGUGAGAAAAAUCUCUGCAGAUGGAGUAGAUAUUGUCCUGGAUUGCCUUUGUGGUGAAAACACAGGAAAAGGUUUAGGCCUUCUAAAGCCACUUGGAACAUAUAUCUUAUAUGGUUCUUCAAACAUGGUUACUGGUGAAACAAAAAGCUUUUUUAGCUUUGCUAAGUCUUGGUGGCAGGUGGAGAAGGUGAACCCUAUAAAACUCUAUGAGGAGAAUAAAGUGAUUGCUGGAUUUUCUCUGCUAAACCUUCUUUUCAAACAAGGCAGAAGUGGUCUUAUAAAGACAGUGGUUGACAAACUAAUUUCCCUGUAUAAUGAAAAGAAGAUCAAACCAUUGGUAGAUUCACUCUGGGCUCUGGAGGAGGUAAAAGAAGCAAUGCAGAGGAUUCAUGACCGGGGAAAUAUAGGCAAACUAAUCCUGGAUGUAGAAAAGUCUCCUACUCCUUUGAUGGCCAAUGACAGCACAGAGACAAGUGAGGCAGGAGAGGAGGAAGAAGAUCACGAAGGUGACAAUGACAACAAGGAAAGGAUGCCUUUCAUCCAGUAAUCAAGUGAAAGAGUUAAUCUCAUUAGCAGACAAGAGGCAUCAGGAGGACCCUUUGUAUAAGUGAACAAAUGCUGUAGUACAAAUAUGUGUUGUUGUGUUUGCCUUUCAGCUGAGCUGUUUGAAAAUUUGUGGCUUGUCGAACAACUGAAGUGCCAUUCUCAAUGAAGUAUUAUUAUGAUGUUACUUUAUGUCUUACUGACUAAACUAUUGUUGAUUUUUUUGCAAACCAUUCCUGUUGUGUGUGACAUGUUUUUGAAGCAUUCCCUAAGCAAAUCACUUUGCUGUGUACCUUUUGGUCCCUUGACGAUCAAUCAUAACUAUUCAUCUAGACAGCCCCAGUCAACAAUACUGCACAUAAACAAAGCUUUCAGUGCUUUUAUGCUAGGAUUAUGCUCUAAAGAUGACUUGUUAAUAAGUAAGUUUUUUCCAGAAGAAAAAAAAUACCUCUUAUAUUUUAAAAAUCCUAGUUAUUUUAUUAUUGAUAAUUAAGUAUGAGGAUUAGUUUAUAGGAAUUUUUACCUUUCAGUAAAAGUGCUGCAUGCAUCAGUGGUUUCUUGAAACAGACAGUAUCAUUUCAGAAAUUAACAAAUCAGCUAAAAUAUAUGUCUGAAGCAAAAAGGUAUAAUGAACUAGUAAAAUUUGUGUCAGGAUAUUUGGACUAGUAAAAUAUUUGCCUUAUUUUGUUUAGCCUACAAAGAGAAUGAACCUUUAUUGGAUUCAACUCAAACUAUAGGCACAUAAAUUAUACUUAUAAGCUAAGUACAUAUGUCAUGUAUAUUAUUUUAUGAUUAAAUUAUUUUAUAUAUCUAAAAAGUAUAAGAUCAUCAUACAGAGAUUGAUCAUUAUUGCCAUUUUAAAUAUCAUGGCAGUGUACUUUAGUAUGAAGAGUAUAGGGAAUAAAACACUGGUUGGGCUAAUUUAAAUCCUUGGUUAAUGAAGCUUUUUAAAUUUAUGAAAUGUUGCCAAAAUUGUUGUGAAACAGGCACAUAUUUUGCUUUUGGGAAUGCUGCAUUUUAUAGACAUGUGCCAGGUUUUAUAGAAAUUUUAAGAGAAUGUUAAUCAUAUAUUUUUCUCAAAAAAUACAUUGGUACAGUUGAAUGUUGUGGUAUAAAGUAACACUCUGUAUCCCUAAGAUUUUAUAAAUAUUUGCCCAUAAAGUUCUGAAGUAAAUAUGAUGCACUAUCAACAAAAAUAGUAUUAAUAAGUAUAUAAUGUACUGCACUUAGAAAGCAACAUUUGUGCAUUUUCAGUAUUUUUAAUUAUACAUUUGUAUGUCAGCCUUACAUGCGGAAUAAUUAUAGCUUCAUUAGUAAUUCCUACACAAAGUAUACUGUUGAUAAAAUAUUAGUUGAUAAAAUAUUAAAGUUACAAUAUCAACAUAUGAUGCUGCAUUAACAAUAUUAACACCUCACAUACAUACAGUAGAUACUGAGGCUGACAAUCAAGGGGCAUUAAAAAUGAUGGUAAUAUUUGACAUUGUUGAUGUUGCGUAAAGUGUAAUGUUACUGUGAAAUGGGCAUCUGAUGAAGCAUAUGAUGUUGCCAUUAUUUCCGUUUUUAUGCAAACUAAAUGAAUUGUUUAAAAGCAUUUGUUUGCUUAAUAUUUGUAAUUUCUCACAUAAACAAAUUUAGUUUCACCUUUUUAGUGUUAACAGGACAUUUAUUUUGAAAAGCAUCCUAUAUUUCUUGUUUGAAAUUUAUUCUGAUCCUGCCAGUAAACAAAAUAUUGCACAGGUAUACAUUCAGUCAAUUAGGCAAUACAAAGAAUAUGAUAAAAUGUAAGCUAUAAAUAGAAGAUAUGUUAAAACUGUAAUACUCAUAUGACCCAGUAAUUCUUAAGAAUAUGCUUAAGAUGUUGUAUUUAGUCCAACAAUUCCACUUUCAUCUCAGUGAGCAGUUUGAUCACAGUUGAGUAAAAACUGCUUCUGUCUCAGUUUGUUUGUAAUUGUACUGUAGAUUUAUUUACUGUAAUUAAUUAUUACAUAGAUCAUGAUCCAAAGGUAGCUGUUCAGAUAAUAUAUGCAAGCAUCUACCAUCUUGUCAUGUUUACUUUUUACUAAUGAAUCAAUUUGGUCUGAUUGUACCCUUAAAAAUCUAAUUACUUAAUUACAAACUAAUGAUAUAUGGUACUUAAAAAUAAGAAAUUGGUAUGUAUGAAAAAUAUAACAAAAGCUUAGAGCAGUUACAGAAUAAUAUGAAAUCAAAGAACAGGGAACUUUUCUUUCAUCAAUUAAGUUUUAAGUUUAUAUUGAAUGUUUUCUGGCCCAAUGUUUGCUUGGUAUGAUAUGGGAUUUGUUUCUACCCUCUAUGCAAAGAGAUACUAUAUUUUCCACUAGCAAAUGAUACAAUAUUUUAUUAACCAAAAACAUCUAUCUUAUUUUUUUAAGAAAAAAAGGCUAAGAAGGCAGCACAAUGGUUAAAGCAGACAUUCAUAAUUAUCAUUUAUUUGUUUCUUAAUUUGAAUGGUUAAUGCCAUAUGCUAUACUGUAUCUUUUAAUUAUUAGUGCCUGCAGAAUGUGCAGAACUCGACACAACCUGUGCCAAAAAUAAGUAUCCAUCUAUCCAUCCAUUAUCCAACCUGCUAUAUCCUAAUUACAGGGUCAUGGGGUCUGCUGGAGCCAAUCGCAGCCAACACAGGGCGCAAGGCAGGAAACAAACCCCGGGCAGGGCGCCAGCCCACCGCAGGAUCUCUUAAGUAGCCAUUGAUAAUUUUCACACCUCCCAGUGAAAGCCUAAAUUGCAAAAUUUGUAGUUGAAGAAUCUAUUCAAUUUUAAACCUUAGCCUAUACAUAAUUCUUUUUGUACAUAGUAGGAAUUUAUAAUUUUACAUCCCCCAUUAUUCCUUACUAAUAAAUUUAGAUUUCCAAAGUAUAUAGUGUACACAAAAACAGCUCCUAAAAUGAAGAAACAUAAAUUCUAUAUGGAAAAUAAGAGUGAGCACUUAAAAAUUUUGAAGGAAAAACAGUGUAAAAAAUACUCUGAAAAUGCAUUUAAGGCAAGAAGUCAGUAUUAUAGUUCAGCCAGUAUAGUGUAUUAGAGCAUAGUGGCUGUGAACAUAGUGUGAAGGGUUGCAGAGCAUAUAUCAUUCUGUGCUGUUCCCAUGUAAUAUAUAAUAAGCAAUUAUUUAAGAGAAUAUAUAAGAGGCUGUAAUCAAUGAAUAAAGCCUAACUGUCAACUUGAACACGGUGCUGAGUGUUUGGGAACACAGCUUGUUCUGUGUUAUUCCCAAUUAAAUACAUAAGAAGAAGUUAUAUCAGGUGAAUAUAUAAGAGGCUCUUAAGCUUCUGUAAUGUUUUAAUUUCCGCUUGGGGUCAAAUAAAGUAUCUGUAAUCAAUGAAUAAAUUAUUAACUAUUUCAGCUUGGUAAGAAUCCCCAAGCAUUGUUUGUUCGUUUGUUUUUUUUUUUCAAGAGGCUGUACUUCAGUAUCGAUCUGUUACUGCCUCUCAUCUUUAGAACAGAGGUCCUAUAGGGUUUAGCUAAAUUAAAUGCUCAUGCUCCAUGUUCACAGUCCAUUCAUUUUUAAUUAUUAAGAGCUUUCCAAACUACUGGCAAUAUCUGAUUCAGCAAGGAGCAUGUUAAUAGAGAAGUGCAUAAUAAGUUGUUUCUCAUCCUAGCUAUAUUUUGUAUUCUGUUUCUCAUUGAUCAUUUUUAUUCCAAGUGUUUUUAAAAGAAGAAAACCUAGUCUGGCAGGACCUACAGCAUAAAUGGUUAAAAUCGCCCCAAUACUUUCACUGUUUUUAUAAUAAAGGUAUGGUUACUCAGGCUUUUCACAUAAAUCCAAAGCUGUGCCAAUGAUGAUUAGUUCCUUAGAAGUGACAUGCUUGAAUGAAAUCAAAUUGAAGAGUAAAAAUGCUUCCUUACAGAAAUCUUUAGUUUUUCUCUUUCUAUUAAUCAAGGUUUACUUUCAGAGUUCUCACUUGGUGUUUCACAGAGAUAUAUUUUGUUAGUACUGUCUCGCUGAGCCAUGUAUUUGUUGCUGAAUAUGUAGAACAUAAAUCUCUAAUUCAAUGAAGGUAUUGCAUUUUUUAACAGUAAUUAUUUUUCUUUUUAUAUGCUUGGUUUCAAGAAUGGUGCAUUGUAAUCUCAAUCUCCACUUUUGACCUUCCUUUUUAAUGGCCUUGAGUGUACAGCCUACAAAACCGAGCAGAGUAUCUGUCACGUGCUAAACAAUACGACAGGUAGUUUUUCAGUUUGCCUUAAGAAAUAGUUUAGCUUCAUUUAUUAGCUGAAACCUGUACUGAUGACUAUAUUGUUCAAUUGUAUUUGUUGUAUUAGUGCUUUUGUUAUAUUGUGCAUAAAAAACAAUUAUGUUUACAUUGAAGUAUAUAAAUAAAUGUAUCAGCAAAUCAGAGAA